AUGGAUGUCAGUGCAAUAACAAAUCACGAUACUGCUAAUACUGAGCCAGGGGCUGCAAAGGAAACCGAACUCAAACAAUCCCAAGACCAUGCCUUUUCCAUUAGCUCAAUGAUGAACAAUGACGAAGAAAGAACAGUUUCACCAGAUCCAAUACAGACCGAGGAAAGGGAACAAGAAAACGGGAAAGAAGAAAAUGGUAUACACCAUUCAGAUUCUCAAAAUGACCUAGUGCCAAAAGAUGUUGACGCGGGUAGUGAAAGUACGCUGUCUGAUGUUGAGUCAACAAAAGCACAAUCAGAGGAUGAAUUCACUGAUCUGGAGUUGUCAGAUGAUAAUGCAGAAGAGAUUGAAAGUAAAAGGAUUGAAGCUGAUUGUCAUUGGUCAGGAUGCCAGGAUAAGUUUCUAAAUAUAGAUGAUUUAGUGCAACACUUGAAUUCAAAACAUAUAACAAAUGUUGACUCAGUGUAUCGCUGUGAAUGGGACAAUUGCUUUAGAAAAGGUGUUACACAACCAAGCAGAUUUGCCUUGAUAUCUCAUCUAAGGACACAUACAGGCGAAAAGCCUUUUUUCUGCAUAAUACCAGAAUGUUCAAAGCAUUUUACCAGAGCUGAUGCGUUAUCGCAACAUAUUAGAACUGUGCACCAAACUUCAAAUUUAUCCGUGGAAUAUCCUUUCUGGUACAGUUAUCUGAAUGGUCUGAAAAAUGAUGAAACCUUUGCUAAAAGAUUUAGAUUAAUGCCAGAAAUGCACAGCUUGGAAAGAUAUUCAAAGUUAGAUAGCGGGGAUCAGUUUCAGAAAGAACUCGCAAAUAAGAAAAUUCAAUUUGAUAAUAUUCAUAAUAUAGAGCUAACUGAUUUGACUGAACCUACUUCCAAGAGACAAAAAACUAGUUUGAAAGAUAUAAAUGCAGGGCUCAAAGCGUCAUUUGAAAAAGAAGAUGCUGAUUUCAAACAUCAUAUAGCAGCUGCUGCAAAGGAUACAUUCAAAAGCUUGGAAGGAGUUGAGUCCCUACCUACAGAUGCUUCCAUUGAAUCAGUUCAGUCUUUGGAAGAAUUACAAGCUUUACAUGAAUCAUUGAGACGUAAAUAUGUAUGGGGUCUUGAAGUUGAAAAAUUGAUUACAAAAGAAUUAAAACAGCUUAGAACAGAAAAAACCCAAUUGUGGCUCAAGAAAGAAACAUUACUAGAUGCACAUAUAGAACUAGAGAUUUCUGAGAAUAGGGACUUGUAUAGUUUGAAGUGA